CAUUACCUUACAAGAUACAUUUCUCUCGUUGGAUGCUCAGCCCUAGACGUAAUCUCUUCUAGCUUUCGUCUCAUUGGCCUUAGUAUCAUGGCUACCUAGCGCUAGAAAUACCAAUACAUUAACGCAUGCACACCAGUAGACAAAAAUCUACUGGGUAUAUCAUCAUCAUCAAUAGCCAAAUAGAAGUAGAGCAAGUGCAACUCCAACUGCAACUGCUUCUUCAACCUCCUCGACCUAAAAAUGGAACUGAUAGAUGUUUUUUCAGGUUUUGGAGAGAGAAGGAAAGAACGAACUUUUUUUUGAAAAUUUUUCAUCUGAACAGAAUGAAGAUUACGCAGCGUCCUGCUCGUACCUCUGAGAGCAAACAGCUACAGCACUAAGGACCACUCGUCUGGAAGAAGCGCUGCGACUGGUCUGACCGGCAUCAAAAGGACCAAAGCAUCAACCGUCCCGAGUGCGACCUUCCUAAGCUUUAUUAGUGAAAGAUCACAAGUCGGAGAACAAGAAUUGCGAUAAUUUUUUACUCUCACAACUUCUACAUCUUCUAUUACAACAAGAAGAACAACAUCAACGAUGGUUGGCACAAUUGAGGAGGGCGCUUUCUCCGUGCGGCAUUGGAGGGACGAAAGCGUCGAGGAGGAUGGUCUCUCCAGUACUGCAAAACGAAGGAAGGUGGAAGGAGAGAGCGAGCAAGCUGAUAUCGUUGGCAACAACCCGUUUUCGUGUUCUGGUCUUGAUUGUGACGAGUUGGCGAGGUUGGUUUCCUCAGCUUUCGAUGUCGAUCAUGACGGAGGUGCUUCUGAGGUGGUCGAUUUUGCAACUGGAGUUAAAGCCUCAAGAAUUGAUCCAUCUUUUACCCCAUCUUCUGUGAGAGACGAGUUGUUCCCAAAGAGGACAUCAAAAACUCAUGAAAACAGAUGUUGAGGGAAAAGAUGGAUCAUUGUACUGAGUUCUAAUGGGAGUGGACCACAAGAUCCUUCCUCUUCCUCUUCAGCUUCUACAGGAGUAGAGGGAGACCCAAUCACCGGAACUACUGGAAGAUCUUCUUCAAGCAGACCUCCUCCUCCACAACUGUCAUCAUCUUGUUCGUCUUCGGAGGAAAAAAUUCGCGCUCUGAUGGAACAUGCUGGCUCUCCGAGGACCCAGGACGAGUCGUGCUCCACUAGUGCGUGUGCGUCAGGGACGAAGGAGUUUGACCCAUCCGCUUUACCAGACGUGGCAGUAGAAUCUCCACUGUUGUCGGAUCCGGAUGAUUUAGAAUUGCAGGUGGACAUAGGAAAUUUACUAGGAAGCUACGAAUAUGGCGGAAGCUGUUCUUCUUCCACUAUGUGUGCUGGUGUAGGCGUCCUCGUAGGGGACGAUCAUCUUGUAGUUAAGGCUAGUUGUACAACAAGAAGUACAAGAAACCCAUUUUUUACUUGAAUGGUUCUGGAAGGUAUUUGGUAACCUGAAUUUGAUCACAAGGAUUCUCUUCCUGUUUUCCUUAUGAUCAAAAUCAGGCUACCAAAUACCAGAGCCAUUCACUACUUCACAGGCAUCGUCUUGGUGAGACCGUUUCCAAGAGGAAAAAGGUUCUAGGACCAUGCAUUUCGAGAUGGAUUAUUUCUCUUAGUUCUAAUGCAGUAGGGGGAGCAGGAACACGAACAAAUGGUACUAACAAUACAGCUAGUACCACGUCGGGACGAGGUGGAGGUUUGGUAGAUGUAGAUCACUCAUCGGCCCUAGAAGAGGCGCUAGGCGCUGUUGUAGGAGAGGACGAUGCUGCUGGUCUGCAGAGCAUCCUACAGGACAUGUACGAAACUACUGGAGGAGGUACAUUAACAAAAGGAUAUGUUGUACGAAACGCCGGAGACGAACAACUACUUGAUGAGGUAGAUGUAGAAGACCUACUUCUUAUGAACAACAAGAGAACAACUACAUCAACUUCAACGAGAACUCUUCAUCUUGGUGGUGGAGCAGAAGUUCUAGAUGGAGGAGAUCAUGUGGGCAGCACGAUGAAGAGUGCAGCUCCACGUUUAUCUUGUUCAGGUGGAACUGCUCAAUCGAAAAGUAGUGAUCAGCUGAUAAGUUUCAAAUUGAACCCUAAGCAGGGAAGAAGUCCAAAAAAACAAGACUCGAAGCAAAGCUGCACCUCUGCGACGGGAGAUGUUAUUAAUAACAAAUUUGCGACCUCUGCAGCAGCAUCUGCGGUGCUGCAAGCGGCCUUAAGUAACAUCGGAGAUCCGUCUGCAACUGCAGCAGUUUGUUCAACCUCAGCAACUACUGCGCCAGCUGGUGCGUCUUCACCUACUACCGUGGCUGCGGUCACGUCAACAACCUCUUCAUCCUCAGACUUGUUGACGUCAACAACCUGUGGAGCAGCAACCUCUUCAGCCUCAUCGUCCACUGCAGCUGCAGCAACGUCAAAACAUAAGACAAAGUUCAGCCCCGAAGAAAGAAGUCGCCUGACAGCAGCAUGGGAGCCAAAGUACUGAUCAGCCAUCUACAUUUUUUUUAUCUCCGUUAUCGUGGAGGUCAGGGAAAUCUUAAGCAGAUCGCCGAGUAGAUUCGUAUCAUCAUCGUCCAGUAUGAAGCUGUAGCUCCUUUUCUGUUAAAUCUGCGAAUUACGAUCUUACGUAGUAGUUGUUUCCAGCACUACUUCGGUUCGGUAUUCAAAAUCAACAAACUUAAUAUAAUUUCCAUUUUCAACCAGAACCACAAUAAACACAAACAUCAAAGGUUGGGUUUCCAAGACAAUGUUCUUUGCGUGAGUAUGGGAGGACAGGGGUUGACGGAUGAGCAUAUUCACCUGUGGACGAAAUGGAUGGAUGGAAUUGUAAAGGGGUUGAUAAAAAACCGCGGCAAGCUUCGGAAUUGCAGUCUCGAUUUUGCUCGGAACAAGAUAAGUUCUGCAGGCCUUCAGCGAUUAUGCCAUCUAUUCAAAAAGCACAGCAUGCAUGUGAGGGAAUUGAACCUCGGGAGAAAUUUAGUGACGGAUGAAGGACUAACGGAGAAAGGCGGAUUAGUGGAUUGGCUUAAGGGGAUGGCGGGACCGGUACUAUUUGGGAUAGAAGAAUCAUUUCUUUUUGAUGUGCAGCUCGUUUGGAAUUCAUUGGAAACUUCAUCAACUUGUUCAACUUCAAAUUCAAUGCGCUCUUUGAAUAACUUCAUCAUACUUCAAGUAACCCAAACCGCCCUGGGGGCUCAGGUUCUUGUUGUGGUACUUUGACUUUUAGUGUUCGUGUCCGACAUCAAGUAAGAUGCACUACACUUGACCUUGAGUUCAUCUCUUCUCUCCCCUGUAUAAAAAUACAGAUCCACACUCUCCGCUUAGAAGGGAACCAAUUGACCGCAAGUGGCGUCAUCAUACUCGGCGAAGCGAUACGCGGCUUAACGCUCCAUUAUCCACGCUGGAACGAACGGAGCAGGUGCCACGAAAGUAUGAGUCUUUCACUGUCUCAAAAUCCAGUGACGAUUAAGGCUCAGACAAGAGUAUUUCAACAUCUUUAGAAGUGUAUAUCCAUCUCUGACCACGUGCUUUCAAGGGGACGAACAAAAAGGUCAAAGAUUCAUCGCUUCGAGAUGAACAUAAUCGCCGGCAACGAGGAACGUAGUCCUCUAAGACGAACCUGUGGAGUGAAUUGAAGGAGAGGGGAUUGGCGUAUUGUCUCACAGAACCUGAGCGUGUGCAUAAAGUGCCACAUAACACGCCAAUCUUCUUCUUCCCGGAUCUGACGGAAGAUGUGGAAAGCGCCAAACUUUCAGACGGUCUGAAUCCACAACUAGUACAGCGGAUAUUUCAAGAACCACUGGGAGGUGGUGGUAUUUUCGAGAUAAAUUUUUCCCUUAAAUGGCAGUCUGGUGCACUGAACUUAUUUGUGUGAGAUUAAUUGUAUUGUAUUGAUGUGCUGUUCUUGUCGUUCAUGUUCGUUGCUUGGUCUCUUUUUAGAGCACCAGGAUCUAGUCGUGAAAAGACAAUCACUUCUAUAGAUCGAAAGCUGUCUAACUGAAGACAUUUUUGAUGAAUGAUACUUGAUGCAACUGUAUUAACUUGUUCUCGUAUGUACGUCAUCAUCAUCAUCAUCAUCGUCAUCAUUAUCAAAGAUAUCUGAUAUUCAUGAUAUAACUUCCUUCAAAGAACUCGAUUUUUUACCAAGAAAACCACCAGGUCUAGGAGCUUUAGACCAGACGACGAGAGCUGUAGAGGACCUAAUCAAUGAGCUUGGAAGCGAGAUCGUGGAGAACGACCUUUUCGCUGGAAUGGAAAGUGAGCAAAUUCCCUUCGAUUUCCCGUUACCUGGAGGACUCGACUUUCCGCCAAUGAUGAAAGGUAGUUCUAGUUGUUGCUUAAUACUACUUUUUCAUUCUGGUCAUGCUCAUGGUCCCUCUCGUUCUCAGUGUGAAAGAUCACGAAGAUCCAGUGUGAAAGAUAUCAUCAUCAUCACGAAGAUCCUGUAGUCAUGUUGAAAUCUUACGACGUUUGCUCAAGAGAUUUUCCACAUCCACCAAGUAGUUGGGUACUAUUAACUGAUGAAAUAAAGUGAGACAAUUAUGUUGACAUGCUUAUUUCUUUUCGAACACAACUACAGGUAAAGGGAAGAAAGGAGGCAAGUCGCUGCAGAUGGGAGAAACUAUUGGACCACCACCAGGCAAGAAGGGCUUCUAUCCAGGUAAUUCUAGCACUAAGCAAGUCGUUUUGGCUUAACAAGUAGACAAUUUUUCCACAAAGUAGAGGUUCUUGCACAAAAUAAAGGCUGAGGAGGCUGUACCUACACUGUACUAGUUCUUCUUGGUUCGAAGACGAUUAUAUAGAUGGACAAUUUUAUUCUUUCAUUUGAGUUUCACUUUCACCUCCUUCAAAACUAGUACCCCUCUCGUCCCCCAUUCACCCACACAAUAACAAGAUAGAAGUUUUGAUGAUGACUCCUUGUAGUGGUCACAAAGUUUUGGCUGCCCGUACGAAGAACCGUUCCAUUUCUUCAAGUCUGAAGCCUGUCAAAACGAAAAGGCGUAUUGAAGUAGUAAGUUGGUUCUUAUUGUCGCUUUGUAGUUCUUUCAUUCUUGGUUUUGGUUUUGGUAGAAGAGCGCAAGAAAAUGUAUGACCAAUGAAGAUGUGCUCUGUAAUUAAUGAACAUGACCAGGUCUUCAACAUAUUGAAUUAGGAAAAAUAUGUCGAUCUUCACUUGAUGAGAUGGUUUUGGUUUUCUUUUUGUUUCUACAUUAUAAGAAGCUAUGGAUAGGUGGAAUUCGACGUUGGAGGUUUGAUCUCUUAGACUCUAAUCAUGGCAUGCAUCAUGAAGACAGUCUCCUCGUUUCCUCUUUCCCCUUUUUCUUUUCGAAGUUUCCCGUCUUCAACCCUCUUCGAUAUAUUUUUGUUUCUUUUUCGUAUUCGUUCUUGUAGUUAAUAUCUUCUUCAUCUUACUUUGAUGUUUAUGAAAGAAACGAAAUCUUCGAUGUUGCGCAGGUGGACUAGGACGCUUUCGAUCGUGUUCGAGCGGAACAAUCGGAAAAGAUCGACACGUGUAAGAGAGGCAACUUCUGGAUCGCGAGUUUGAGUGACAUAUAAACCCCUAACGACAAAGCGGACGAGAUAAUCUAGAUUUCUUUUCAUGAUCCAUCUCAUGAGUGGCAGUGGGUGACGUCGAGCGACAAGCAGAAGAUAGGAAGCUGCAACAUAGAAGAUGAGGUGAAAGAUGCCCGUUGUCGUUUACAAAGUAGAGCUCGAAAAAUGGUUGCAAAAUCAAGACCGCACUUUUUACUCUCGUCUCGUGGUUUAUUUCCGGACGGUUUUGCUACUUCUUGUUGCCCUACUUCGCUCCACUCGUCUACUCUGCUCUUGCUUGCUGAACUCAUUUUCUCCUUCACCUACCUGGUUCUGCUCUUUCAUCUCCGAUUUUUUCACCUGAUCUUCUCCUUCUGGGUCCUACUUUGCUCCACUCGGCUUCUCAACCUUUGUUUCAUCUCAACGUCGUGGACAAAUAAAUCCCUAUUUUUCCUUCAGGAAAGCGUGGGCCAGGAGCAUUAAUUGGACCACCACCGCAACGGACAACAACUGGCGGCACGAUACGAAUCACGACCACGACGGGUGAGGGAGUUGUGCCUGCUGGAAGAUCAUCUUCAUCGAAAUUAGUUAUGGAAGUAGAAGUAGCAAAGUUCAUUUUCUCUGAAAUCUUCAUCUGAAAAGUUUAUAAAUUAUUUGUUUGUCAGGCUGUGUCGCAGGAGGACCACAUGCUCACCAGUUGAUACUUUAUUUCUUGUUGAUAUCGUCUUCGCUUCUACUUGGUUAUUCUCUAAUAUUAACGCCUACGCCUCUUCCACCACUGGAGGCACAUCUACCUCCGCUAGCAGCCCUAUCCUCGGUUUUCCAAUUUUUGGCAAUGCCUCUACCGCGGGGGGCCGUCGAAUUACCGCACCACCAGGCAGAAGGAGCUUCGCCUCAGCCUCAUCUGGCGAAGAUAACCACGUAGCAGGACAACAUCUUCAGCGACAGGACCAAUCAACUUCAUCUACCUCCUCCUCCAAGGAAACAGCAGCUGGACGACAGUGGUCGACUCGACCACCGACUGCAGCAUCACUGAUAGCACCUGUGACGUCGUUCGCAAUCAGAAAUCAGAAUCAGAAAGAAGCCUCCAAAUUAUAUCCACCUUCUACUUCUUGUGCUGCUAAGGACGAGCUUGGAAUAACAAAAGCGGAUGAAGUAGACUACGAUGAAUUAUUCUAUUCCUCGGGCGCGGCAAGUCCAACAUCCUGUAGCACUACAGUUCCUUCCUCGAUUUCUCUUCCACAUAUUCAUGUGCUGGGGAACACGUCGAAGUCGGUAUCAGUGUCUGCGCAAUCCAGUAAGAACACGACCAAUUGUAGGAGCGUCGAAGAACAAAAGCAAACUGGAGUUCUUGUAGUGCCUUCUUCAUACAGUAGUGGCACCUCUGCGGGAGCAACCGAUAGGUGUAAACGUGGUACUAGCUGCAAUGCAGGUACAACCAGUUCCUGUACCAGUACAAUUAUAGGAGCACCAGGAAGUACAACAUGUAGUACUUCUGGAGCCACUGACACCAGAAAAGGACGAGCACCAGUAUCAGGAACAGUACCAGAACAAGCAAACACUCCUGUUACAGGAGACAAUAGAGGAGGCUUUGGACCACUGCCUAUUGAUAUCAAGCGGACGUUAGCCAGAGAGCAUGUGAAUCAUGAAACUUUUGUUAUGGCCCCCCGACAUUCUUUCAACACAUUUAUUUCACUCAUUUUUACUUUUAUCAAAUUUGACUUGCGCGGCAACUACCGCAAGGGUGGUAUAACUUACAUCUUACAGUAAGGAAUGAGCAAUGAGCAUGAACUCUCUAACUUCUCCGUCGACGAAGAGUCUUUGCAAUUUUUGCCAUCGAUUGACAAAAGCUCCGCGAGAAAACACAAUGGGAGCCAACGGAUCGCCACUGUUGUCAUUCGAGGCGCCACUUCUGGUUCUCAUGUAGCAGGUGGUGGUGGCGGCGCAGGAGGAAAAGCGCCAGAUGAUCAUGCAAGAUAUCAUGGAGGCAAUCAUUCAUAUUCGAUGAAAGGUGGUACGAGUUGCACUAAUAAAUCGAUGAAACUGCAGAUCUCGUCCAUAGUGUCUGCACCAGAAGGGGUGACAACAUCUUCAGCGAAUCAUCACAAGUUGAAAAAUAUCGCGUCCUCUUCAUCAACUUCUGGCGGAAUGAGUGCAACAAGUCGGGGGUCAGCAGGAGCUAAAAAACGUUUUGGCAAAGGAAGAGGUGGACAGCAGAGUAUCGCAGUGAAGAAGUCGCAACCAGGUGGAAACGUCCGCGGUUCAUCUGGUGCUGCCGGUGGUUCUAUAACGACCGUCUUGCCGCCUCCUCGACGAGGUGGACGAGCGGCGCCAAGUAGUGGCGGUCAACAACUGCCUCCGCCAAUGCCUCCGAUUUUUUUUGAAUUGCCUGCAGGACAAACAUCAGCAUCUGCAGGAGAUAAAUCGGCAUCUGCAGACGACAAGAUGAAAUCCUCUGACAAGAACCACCACAACAAGUACAACAAUACUUCUGAGGAAGAAGAUCUUCAGGAUGAAAACGACGACGUCCAAUCAGAAGUACUAUAUGAUCAUGAUGAGGCAUUAUCAGAUCAGGAAGAAGCACAGGAGGAGGACGACGCAGACGCAGAGGUAGAGGACCUUGACCAGUACGAUCUAGGCCUUCUAUCUGAGAUUGUUCAAGAUGCAGUCGAAAAUGGAGCUGGAGACUACGCAGCAGUAGCUACUUCUAAAAGCAAAACAACUCCGGCAGAACCAGUAGAUCAUAAAAAAACCACUUCGAACGCAGACGCGACAGAUGAAGUUUUUGAUCUGCUCAUGGGUUUGGAGGAGCUGCAAGCGUGGGUAGGCGAGGAUGUAUCAAUGUCAGAAGAGGAGGAGUAAAAAAAGACGUUGACGAAGGGGAAUAAAUCUUGAUGUAGAGAUAGACGAGUUUAGAGUUGUUUAAUAAGAGUUGUAAUACUAGAACUUCGAAAGAUAAAGAGCUCUGCUUGAAGAACCGAAUAAAUGUAAAGAAUGGAACUACUGUAAGUAAAGAAGUUGUGGAUCUUCAUGAGUUCUCAAAAUGAAGGGCAAAAUGAAAAAAAGAACUUAGAUUUAGUGAGCCUGAACUUCUAUAACCACGCGAUACCAUCAUGAUACUCUCAAGAAAAGAUAGCUGAUGUUGCAUGACCUUUUUAACAAAAAACAUAUCAUCUGAAAGAAAAAAGACGUGGUUUCGGAACUACUUAUGCUGCUAAGCUUAUAAAAUUUGUCGUCGUCCCGAAUCCUAGUGAAGUGAAGUAUCAUGGUGAAGUUGUAGUUGUCUCGGAUAUGGACGUGAAGAUGUGACUCCUCCAUGCUAUCCCGAUUUUUUGACCUCCUUGUAGCAAGCAGAACUUGUAAGAAAAAAAAACUCGGCUGUGUUGAUCAAUGAACUUGUUCUUUUCAUUCUAAGCUUCCUUAUUUCAUAUUUAUAAUAUUUUUUCGUUCUUGGACUUGAUGUUAAAAAUGUUGAUGUUGUUGUCCAUUCUUAUCGUAAGUAUGAAUAGCUAGCGAUGUUGCAGCAGUUCCAAUCAGUUUAGAAGGGUUCUUCAGGUACUCGUGCAUAGAACGAAGCAUCCCAUAGGUGUAAAACGCAGUUUCGGAAGAUAUUUCACCUGAGUUGAAGUUGAUAGGUAUGCUCGAAAAGAUGCAAUAGUAUGAUCCAGGUCCUGCAAGUCGUUACACAAGUCAAUAUCGCAGAGUAACUAAAGACAUGAACAUCAUCUUCAUGAUCUAUACCUCUAAAUAUUCCUUCCACCGUGCUUGUUGCUUCAUCGUGCGUCUCCUCCAAAUGUACCCGUUGACAUCUUCAAGAAACAGAUAAUUUAGAUAGACGUAAGUCAUUUUGUGACCAGAUGAACUAACAGCUACAAGAGAACUACUUUUUCUUAUCACUUUUUUCGGUUUAUCAUCGAACGACAUCCUUAUCAAUCUCAUUAGUGCUGCCAGUACGUCUAUCAUCAAGGUCAACAAAACAAUGACUAUGACCACACCAUUUUACAUGGAGUAAAAUCAAAAAGUUCUUAAUUCGUGCACCACAGGAGCUUUGAAUGCUAUUAAGUAAGCACAGACUGUGGCUCCCUGCUCUGGUCGUGGUAUCCCACGCAAACCAGCACAAGUUUGAAUUGAAUCGCUAAGUUAGUAUGACGUGUUGCUGUGUUGAGUGAACUCUAAUUUUUCGAACUACAUCCAGGGACCACAAGCUUCAACAUCAAGCACAUCACACAACAUGAUAACCUAGUGAAGUGAUACAGCUUGAUGAACUACAUCGCUGCGAUAAAGACCUCGAAUUGUCGUUUCACUAUCAUUUUCAUUGCCAUUAAGUAAGAGCUUUUAUUUUAGCGUCACGACCAUUCAAAUUCAUCAAUUUCUACUCUGUUUUUUAGAACUACCUUAUUUUUCAGUCCCAUUUUGAUUUUUGGUACUUGUUCUUGUUCUUCAUGGCUGCAUUGCGUCAGUCUUUCUUUGUGAAUAGUAAAGUGGUGCGUCAUGAUCAAUCUGAACAGAAGCAAGUUAGAAGGAGUAGUUGUAGCAUCAUAUGUUUCGCAUUGAUCUCGAGGUCAUCAUGUUGAUGAAGUGAAUUCCGAAAAGUGAGUCUACUAGGAACAUGAGUAUGUACCUGUCGUUCACACACGGAGACAUCAUUGAGCUCAGAACAGAAAUUUUCAUUCAUCCACAGAUGCGCCAAGAUAUGAUCAGUGAAAAU